AUGCUUAUCGAUAUUGCCGUGAACAUCACCGAUAAGCUGCUUGCAAAGGACGAAAGCUCCGUCGAGGAGGUCAUUAGGAGAUGCAAAGACAGCAAGGUCCUGCCCAUAUUUACUGGGCUGGACCACCAGACGAGCAAAAUAUGUAUAAACCUAGCAAAGAAAUACAAAACUGUGUCGACUGCUGGAAUCCAUCCCACAUCGUCUUCGAGGUAUAGCAACAUUGAUGAAAUCGUCCCUUUGGUCAACGAUGAGACUGUUGUUGCAAUAGGAGAAUGUGGCCUAGACUACGAUCGUCUUGAAUUUGCAGAUAAGGUGUCCCAGAAAAGAAUAUUCAGGUCUCAGCUGGACCUAGGAGGAAGCUGCUACUUUUUCCAUUCGAGGUCCUGCCAUAGAGACUUCAUGGAGAUUGUUUCUGAUUACAGGAUAAGAGGUGUUGUUCACAGCUUUACUGGAAGCAUAGAAGAAGCCAGGGAAUUAAUAAAAAAAGGAUUGUUUAUAGGAAUCAAUGGAUGCUCCGUUAAGACCUUGGAGGGAAUAGAGAUUGUAAGAAGCCUGCCACUUGAAUCUCUUCUUAUAGAGACAGACUCGCCGUAUUGUAAGAUCCGAAGGAGCUAUGCGGGGUUUGAGUAUGUCACAACAGACUUUAGCCAGCAGAAAGCCCUGAAGAAGAAGAACGAGCCGUGCUGCGUUGUUCAAAUGGCAGAAGUAGUAAGCAAUGCGACUGGAAAAGACUAUGAUCUGGUGGUGGAGACCAUACUCGACAACACAAUUGGACUUUAUGGGGAUGUACUAAAGAAAUCGGUGGAGAGAUGGGGUCUCUAA